UUUCCGAACCAAGCGUAGCAAAAUAGCCUGCACUUUGUUUACGUCCCGUACGUUAGCUGACAGCUGUUGUAGCGCUUUUCCCAAACAAACUGCCUGGCCCGUAUGUGUCUGUUGCCUGUCCAGAGCUUUGAAAACUUUUGACCGAGUACCGUGCACGCCGAGGAUGGGAUGUUUUGUUGAAUGAGGGGGACUCAGUAGAUGCCGACAGGAGGAUGAACUCCAUCACCGGUCGGGUUCUCGCUAUACCCGCCGCCUCUGUCACCAACUCUGGAGCUUCAUCCUCUCGAGCCUUACAUGUAGAGCUCACGUCCCAGCAGAGACGCUUGCGUCAUCUCCGGAGCAUCGCAGCCAGAAACAUCGUCAACAAGAAUGGUUCCCCACUGCUGGACACUUACUUCACCCUUCACCUCUGUAUAGGAGACGGCAUUUCUAGAGAUUUUUACAAGAGUGAAGUCAUACGAGACUCACUGAAUCCGACUUGGCGAAGCCUGGACUUUGGCAUGCUCCCCGACCUUCUGGACACCUCAGUGUCUUGCUUUGUGGUGAGGAUCUGGGGAGGACAGGAUGAACAGUACCAGCUCCUUAUUGAGUGGAAGGUCAACCUCGACGGCCUCAGAUACACAGGACAGCAGAUUCGAUCCAGAAACCCCAAUGAGAUCAUAUUUGGACUAAAUGACGGCUACUAUGCGGCCGACUUUGAUCACAAGGAUCAGUCGGAGCGGAAGAAGAACAGCCAGCUUCAGGUCGACCAGAGUUCAGUCAGGAACUCCUACAGCGUUUUCUCUUUGCUCAGGCUUCACACCGCCCAGAGAGCCAUCAAACAGACCCAAGUAACCGUUCAGAAGAUUGGGAAGGAGAUCGAGGAAAAACUGAGGACGACGGCGACCUGCACGGAGCGGAAGAAAGAGCGUGAGUGCAUGCAGCUGCGUAUAGCUGUGCUGAGAAGUGAGCUGCUGCGACAGAGGAAGGCGCUUGGCAGGGAGAUAGACCUGCGGCAGAAGGAACGGGCACAGCUGCAGAAAAAAGAGGAAGCGUUUUCUGCUCAGCACGAGAGUCUGAAAGAGGAGAAGGAAUCCUUAACCAAGCUGCAGAAGGAAUGCACAGCAAAAAGGGAGCAGUUUCUCAAGUCCAAUGCCCAGCUCACCUUCCGCUGUCGUCAGCUCCUCUCCGAGCUUUCCUACAUCUACCCCAUUGAUGUGGCCAAUCAGUCAGAUUAUGUCAUCUGUGGAGUGAAGCUGCCAAACUCAGAAGACUUUCAAGCAAAGGACGACGGGAGCGUCGCAGUCGCCCUGGGUUACACGUCGCACCUCGUCCUGAUGAUCUCGUGCUUCCUGCAGAUCCCCCUCAGAUAUCCGGUGAUUCACAAGGGUUCACGCUCCUCCAUCAAGGACACCAUCACUGACAGACUCACCGAGAAGGAGCGAGAGUUCCCUUUGUACCCCAGAGGAGAGCGGUUUCAUUUUGAAUAUGGUGUCUACUUACUCAACAAGAACAUAGCCCAGCUCAGAUAUCAGCACGGCUUGACUACCCCGGACCUGCAGCAGACACUACCCAACCUGAAGAACUUCCUGGAACAUGGCCUGAUGGUGCGCUGUGAUCGGCACCACGUCUCUAGCUCCAUCCCGGUGCCCAGUAAGUCCCAGCUUGGUGUGUCUGCCGCCUCAGAUAUAGGCUACCCCAGCCAUACCAGCUCCCCAGACCGAGGCUUGAGGAAAAGGGCGAGCUCGGAGGCUGAGGCAGAGCUCAAGUACAAGCCAACCCCUCCGCCCAGCUACAACACAGCCAUGAGCGAAAAGCAGCCCCCGGUCGCCCUGGCACCGCCUCCACCUUCACCUAAACAUCUGUCCUCCUCACUGGAUGCCGACAUGGCCUCGCUUAACCUCUCCACGACUACGGAGGCCAAAGAGGAGGGAGACCAGAAGGAGGAGAAGGAGGAGCAUGGGAACACAGCGGUCGAAGCGGAGAGGCAUAAAAGUGCUGACAGAGAGACAGAAGCAGAUAAUGAAGAGAUCGAAGAGCCGCCACCCGACACUUCUGCAGUGCAGGACACUGGUGAGAAAUCUUUGCCUACUACCCAGCACGUGGGCGCCAUGAACGGCUCUUUGGUACCGGGACAGGCGGCAGUUAGCCUGGUCCCAGAGCUGCGCUGCUCCGUGGAGCAAGCCGAGGAGAUCAUAGGCACAGAGGCCACAGGUUUAGGCCUGGGCUUGGGGAUAGGGUUAGGGUUAGCCGACGAGGCCCGUCUGGGAGACUACCGCUGCAUCCCCGUGGACCACGCAGUAGCUGUCGAGUGUGACGAACAGGUACUGGGUGAGCUGGACGAAGCUGGCUUUGAGGAGUUCUCCAGGCGCAUUUACGCACUGAACGAGAACAUGUCCAGUUUCCGACGGCCGCGCAAAAACUCUGAUAAGUGAGGCACGGGAUCUCUAAGAGCAGGGGGAGGCAUAGAGAAGGUUGCACAGGGGAUUUGGACAGAUACAACACAGGGACAUGAAGUGAGAGGGCAAAUGUUUGGUCCUCACUCCUUAAUCACGGCAUCGAAAUCAUAAGAACGUUUCUGGAAUUACAACCAAUUUGCACUUAUUGUAAACAUUUCCAUAGUAAUCAUUUAAUGAAAAACUGUUAAAAGCGAAAGUACUGGGACAGUGAGCUGAAAUUUUAGCUUUAAUGCCAGAUUUGAUGUGUGCUAAACAAAUCAACAAUUCUGGCAUUUUUUUUAUUCAGCAUUUAAAAUCAACCACUGAAUGACUGUGAAUUUCUUUACAUGGGACCAUUUAUAUACAUUGAAUGUCACUGUUUUCAAAUCCAUAAUGCAAUAACAUCCCCCUGUAAUCCUUAAUAAACUGCAUUUCAAAUGUUAAUCCAUAACCUAUACUUUAGCCUCAGUACAUUUUGUUUCACCACAACAGCUCUAAAUCUCUGUCUUCGUCACCGUACCUCAAGUAUCACCAUGGUUUGCUCCUUAACUUUGUGGAGCUGUUGGAUAUUUUAGAGCCGGCUGUCCCAGUACUUCCAAGUUUGAUUGUGCAAGCAAACGUUAAGACCCUUCCCGAGUCUGAUUUCAGGGUGCAGGAUAGUGAGCGUGUGCAGGAGGGAGCACUUGCGUAAGUGCGUGCGCUUCACAUGAGCAUGCAACCACAAUCACAGUUAGAGGAAUCCCGCCAAUGACCUUGGAGCACCGCGGCAUGAGUGAGGUGGGAUCUGGAACCGGUAGCCCAGUCAGAGACUCCCUAUCUGCGACACCCUUCGCUUCGACAGGCCGACCCGCCCGUCGUCCUCCACACAAUCUCAAGUUUCUCCUUCAGGUUUUAAGAUGAGGACAACAAGAGUGGCGGGUUUGGAGCUCACAGCACAUGGCAGGGAUACAGUGCAAUUGUUUUCUGUCCAUCUCUGGGUCCUCUUUUUCUCCCUUUUUUUUUUUUUUAACUUCAAUGUAUCCCAUCAAUGUUAACUUUGAUGUUACGUCCACUGAUUCUUACAUUCAGUAGACCAAAAAUGAAAUUCUGUCUAUAUUCUGUUGGAAUGUGUCACUCAGGCUCUCCUCUAAACUGUUAAUAGCAACCGUCUGUGAUUUAGUCCUGUGUCUCCCUGUUCUUAAUGCUUUCUUGCACUGGUAUUCAAUUCUUCCUUUAUUUAUGUCUCAGCAACUGUCUGUGCUUUGUUUCAAAAGUAAAUCAACGAUUAGUCCUGAUUACUAAUCACUUGGGAUCUCGUAACCAGUUUCGGGGUGCUGAAUUGACCGGCCGCUUUGCAUCGCCCGCCAUGAUGAAGAUGGACUCCUCACCGUCAGCCCACGGUGUUUCCGAUCCAGCGACGUGGC